AUGUCUCACCCAGAAUCUCGCUAUUCCUUUGAUGUCCCAAACCCUUGCAUCAACUUUGCGGCUCUGAGUGAUGAUGACGUGCUUGACGCAGACUCCUGGUUUGACCAAAAAGCCAAUCUGGAGAAUGUCUCUCCUGAAGAAAAUCUGGCAAAGGCCUCGCAGAACAGCCCUGCUUUUUCAAAGCCUGAUGUUACUCCGUCUUCUGUCGCAUCACCAGGAAUAACAAUGAGUGAAAGCCACGGUGAAGCAGAAUGUGCGCAGGCCAGCGCGGUUCCUCAGAAUAUCGUUGGAUCCCUGUCAAGCUGGAGAGCUGCUGCUCCUGCAGAGGCCUCUCAAAGAGCGGGUAGGAGACAGGCUACAAAGCAGAGAAAAACCCAGCAACGCAAACAGCCAGCUAGAAUCAAAGCGGAGAGAAAUGCUAAUGCCUUGGUUAAUAAGGAAGAGGUUCCACCCCUGAAAAAAAUGAGAAUCCUUAGGGUACCAGGGAAAACUAGACGAUCGGUACCUGGGCUCGUGGUGCGUUCUAGCAGCAAAGAGAAUCUGACAGAAGUAUCCACAGAGAGCGGGCCCCUGCAGAAUCCCGACCUCUCCCAAGGGAGAGGGAAAAGCAAGCUGACCAUGCCCUCCACGCCAACAGUGUUAAAGAGGACCAAUCUUUCUGGCAAGCUGAAGAGCACGGAGGAGCAGGAGCUGGAAAAGAUGCAGCAGUUGCAGCGGGAGGUUAUGGAGCUGCGGAAGAAGAACGAGGAGUCUCUGAAAGCAGCUAUUGCUGGAGCAGGACAACCCGUGAAGAGAACUGUUGGUCAAGUAACAAAGCCAAUUGACUUCCACUUCUGCACGGAGAAUAGAAUUAAACAACACGUGGAAAGCCAGCCUGGGAACGAGUACAAGGAACUGGAUUUUGCAGCGGUACUGAGAAAGCAUCAUCCUUCCCCGGGGCGAAUGCCGAAGGGACCCACUGUCCCCAAACCUUUCAAUCUGUCCCAGGGAAACAAAAGAAAACUCGAAGAAGCCACAUCAGAAUACGUGUCCCUUGCUGAGCAGGUAGAAGCAUUCCAAAAACGCACGCCCUCUCGCUACCAUUUGAGGAGCAGGAAAUCUGAUGGCCCAGUUCCAGGAAAGUCGGUGAAGGCUCGGCUUACAACCCCUAAAACGCCAAUGCUUCUAACAAAGCAGCGCUUCAGACCUGUCACCUGCAAAACUACAGCAGAGUUAGAAGCAGAGGAAAUAGAGAAAAUUCAACAGUACAAAUUCAAAGCACGAGAACUCGAUCACAAAAUCUUUGAGGGCGGACCACUCCUGCCCAAGAAACCCUCUGUGAAGGAGCUCACGCAACCCAUUGGCUUUGAGUUGGAAAUCGAAAAAAGGAUUCAGGAGCGUGAGAGUAAGAAGCAGCAGGAGGAAGAGCACUUUGAAUUCCAUUCCAGGCCAUGUCCCACGAAAAUCCUGGAGGACGUUGUGGGUGUUCCAGAGAAGAAAGUGCUUCCCGUUACCGUCCCCAAGUCUCCAGUCUUCACCUUGAAAAGCAGAACCCGAAUGUCUGGCAGAGAUGAAGAAAAGGAGAAAGAAGCGGUCCCUGUGAUCAAAGCUAACCCUAUGCCACAUUACGGAGUGCCCUUCAAACCGAAAAUGCCGGAGCAGAGGCAUGUGGAAGUUUGCCCCUUCUCUUUCGAUGCCCGUGACAGAGAGCGGCAAAUACAAAAAGAGAAAAAAAUAGAAGAAUUGCAGAAGGAAGAGGUGCCAAAGUUCAAAGCGCUACCUCUGCCUUACUUUGACCACGUUAAGCUGCCAGAAAAGAAGGUCAAAAACCCAACACAGCCCGAACCGUUCAAUCUGCAGAUUGAUGAACGGGGAGCUGCCAAGCUACAGAGCUGGAAGCAGCAGUGUGAAGAAGACCUGAAAAAGCAGAAAGAGGCGGCAUGUUUUAAAGCUCGUCCCAACACAGUGAUGUACCAGGAGCCUUUUGUGCCUAAAAAGGAAAAUAAGCUGUUAUCAGAGAGCCUUUCUGAUUCCGUAGUUCCUGAAAGCUUUGAGCUGGCAACAGAAAAAAGAGCUAAAGAGCGGCAAGAAUUUGAAAAACGAUUGGCAGAUGCAGAAGCCAUAAGGGAGAGGUAUCAAGAGCAGGUCAGGCAGCAACAAGAGGAGCGUGAAAAGGAAGAAGUAGCGAAGCUAAGGCAGGAACUGGUUCACAAGGCAAACCCAAUACGCAAAUACCGCAGCGUAGAAGUGAAGCCCAGUGAUCAGCCGCUGACUAUGCCGAAGUCUCCCAACUUCUCGGAUCGAUUCCGGUGCUGAUACGCAACCACGCGAUAGCAGGAGGGAGAUCCCAUCCCUCCCCACUCUCUUGAUAGGCAGAGAGGGAACAGUUGUUUUUAUGUGACUGCUCAGUCUCAACUCCU